UCAGGCUUUCCCAGGAUGCUACGCGAAGAAGCCAAAGAUGGCGGCAGCAGCGACCAGUCGCUGGCUGGGGUUCCGCUGCAGGCUUUGCCUGAAGCUGAGGGGUCAGCGGGCAAGUCCGUGUGGACAGAUUCCCUGCUGCAGGUACGAGAUGCUUGGAGAAUCCCUGAGAAAGAGGCCCCUGGCCGACUUCCUCCAAUGUGUCCGCUUUUCUCUGGGAGCUGGGGAACUAGAUUUUAUUCUGGAAGUGCAACCCUCCCAAAGGUUGAAGGAACUAAUAUAACAGGGAUUGAAGAAGUGGUCAUUCCAAGAAAGAAAACUUGGGAUAAAGUGGCUGUUCUUCAAGCACUUGCAUCCACAGUGAGUAGGGACCCCACAGCUGCCCCUUACGCAUUUCAGGAUGAUCCUUACCUCAUACCAGCAUCCUCUAUGGAAUCUCGUUUGUUUUUACUGGCAAAGAAGUCUGGAGAGAACGCAGCAAAGUUUAUUAUUAAUUUACAUCCCAAAUAUUUUCAGAAGGACAUAGCUGAACCUCAUAUACCGUGUUUAAUGCCCGAGUACUUUGAACCUCAGAUUGAAGAUAUAAGCGAAGCAGCCUUGAAGGAAAGAAUCAAGCUCAAAAAAGUCAAAGCCUCUGUGGACAUGUUUGAUCAACUCUUGCAAGCAGGAACCACUGUAUCUUUGGAAACAAGUAACAGUCUCUUGGACUUACUGUGUUAUUAUGGUGACCGGGAGCCCUCAACUGAUAAUCAUUUUCAGCAAAGUGGAAAAUCAGAGGAGCUGGAAGAGGACACAGGAGAAAAUGAUAAGAAAUCUAAGAAGGCUGAUGAUCAGUUUGGAGUCACAUGGAGGGCAAAAAACAAUGCUGAGAGAAUCUUUGCUCUAAUCCCAGAAAAAAACUCCUAUUCCUACUGCACAAUGAUCCGAGGAAUGGUGAAGCACCGAGCUCUUGUGCAGGCAUUAAACUUGUAUGCUGAAUUAUUAAACAACAGACUCAAGGCUGAUGUGUACACCUUCAAUGCACUGAUUGAAGCAACAGCAUUGAAUAUGAAUGAGAAAUCAGAGGACAAAUGGAAUAAUAUACUGGAGCUCCUAAAACAAAUGGCUGCACAGAAGGUGAAACCAAAUCUGCAAACAUUUAAUACUAUUCUGAAAUGCCUCCGAAGAUUUCAGGCAUUUGGAAGAUUGCCAGCCUUACAGACCUUUCGUGAAAUGAAAGCCAUCGGAAUAGAACCCUCGCUGGCAACAUACCACCAUGUUAUCCAGUUGUUUUAUCACCAUGAAAACCCUUCAAAAGGAUCAUCCCGCAUCAUCUAUGAUAUUAUGAAUGAAAUAACAGGACAGAAAUUUACCCCAAAGGACCCAGAUGACGAUAUGUUUUUUCAGUCGGCCAUGAGAGUUUGCUCAUUUCUCAGAGAUCUAGAACUUGCUUAUCAAGUACAUGGCCUUUUAAACACUGGAGACAACUGGAAAUUCAUUGGACCAGAUCAUCGGCGUAAUUUCUAUUAUUCUAAGUUUUUCAGUUUGCUUUGUCUCAUGGAACAAAUUGAUGUCACUUUGAAGUGGUAUAAGGACCUGGUACCUUCCGUAUUCUUUCCCCGUUCCCAAACUUUGAUAGAUCUUCUCCAAGCAUUGGAUGUGGCCAACCGACUAGAAGUGAUUCCUCAAAUUUGGAAAGAUAGUAAAGAAUAUGGUCACACUUUUCGCAGUGACCUCAAAGAAGAGAUUCUGAUGCUCAUGGCGAGGGAUCAGCACCCACCAGAGCUUCAGGUGGCGUUUGCAGACUGUGCCGCAGAUAUCAAAUCCACUUACGAGAGCCAGGAUGCCAGACAGACUGCUCCUGAUUGGCCAGCCAACUCUCUGAACUGUAUAGCUGUCCUCUUUUUAAGGGCUGGGAGAACCCAGGAAGCCUGGAAAAUGUUGGGGCUUUUCAGGAAGCACAAUAAGAUCCCUGGAAAUAAGUUGCUGAAUGAGUUUAUGGAUUCUGCAAAAGCAUCCAACAGUCCUGCCCAGGCCAUUGAGGUAGUGAAGCUGGCAGGUGCCUUCAGCUUGCCUAUUUGUGAAGGCCUCACCCAGAGAGUGAUGGCUGACUUUGCAAUCAGCCAGGAACAAAAGGAAGCCCUGGGAAACCUAACGUCACUGACCAGUGACAGCGACAGCGACAGUGACAGUGACAUCAGUGAAGGCAUAUAAAAGUGGGUGAAUCAGGAGCAGCUAUGGCCUAGCAUAGCUAUUGUAAUUACACUUGAGAAUUGACAUCUCUGUUCAACCAUAUUGUGAAGAGAACAAGAGAAUUCAGACUUCAACUUUUAAGAACAAUAGAUACCAGAGGGACUACUUAAAUUCCGAAUUUGAUACUUACUAAGCCACCCAUUUAAACAGAAGCCGACCUACCAUUUUCAUUUCUUUGGACACAGCUCCUGGUUUCAGCAUAAGCUUUGUACCUACAGUGUUUGUUGGCCAACUUCACUGUUGCCCUUUGUGGUUUGCCCUCCCAUCAUGGACUUGGCCUUCAUUGGCUGAUUUGCAACCUUAGAAAAGGACGUGUCUAAAGGAGGUUUGCACAUGUAUCUCCAUUGAUACUAGAUCAGUAUACCAAUUUUAGGGAUAUUUAGAGGUGAGAAAUUUGCCAUUGUUUAAUCAUUUCUAGGAUGCGGAGUUUUAAGCUACAUGUAUGGGAAAAUGAGGGCUGUAAAUAAACACUAGGUAAUGUGCA